ACAGAAGACGAAGAGGGAGAUUGCGUAGCUGUGAGAGUUUGUUCUGAGCAACUUUUCCCUUUUUCUUUUCUCUUUUUUUAAUCAUUGCCCAUCAAAAGCAUAUUUCUUGGGAAUCCGAGAAAAUGGAGACCCAAAAGCCAAAGCGAUUCCUUUAAGAGAAAUUUUGUGUUAUAAGUUCUACUAACUUGUGAGCGGACAGAUGGAUUUUGCUUCUAUGGGGGUUCCACACAGUGGGUAAUCCGCCAUUAAACUAACAUACCGAACAAAACUCCAAACUUCGCGAUUCCCCAAAGCUUUCAUGAGCAUAACGAGCAAAAAAGGAGCAAAAGGGGCCAACCCCACAUCUCUUACCGUCUAGUUUUUCCCAUCCCUCGUUCAGUAGUCAGUACUCUAUACACCCUUUUGUUAUUCCUCUCUCUCUUUCUUCUUCUCUCUGUAAUUUCCCACUGGUUCUGGCCGCCGAUCCGGCUACUUCCAUGGAAGAUUCUUCCCGAAGGAAAAGCGGUUCCGUCUGGGAGCUUCGUUCUCGUCGGAGAUCUUGGUGUUGUUCGUUUGCAGUGCCACCUUCCAGUCCGGAGAACUUUGUGGUUUCUCGGUCUAAAACACAAGAAGGAUUUGGUAUCAAACGGUAGUCCUUCGCGUUCAAAAUUGUGUAGAAUAGAAGUGCCCGAGGUGGAGAAUUUGGGGGUGUUUAGGGAGACCAUUGAGCUUAUGUUUGAGGAGGAUAUUUCAAAACGACUUGUGAAGAUCGGCGUGUAUCGGGCUAUCGACAUACUUGAGGUAUCCGCAGGUAUCAUGUACACAAAGUGCGUUGCUUCAUGUUUAAAGUACUUAGAGGCUGUGCCAUGGACAGAGGAGGAAGAAGAGAAACUAAGGAAUCUGUUUAAAAAAGUCAAGUUUGAUGAUGCAACAAGUAGAGAUGUCAUGGCCAGGCUUCGCCUGCUUGACUCAGUAGUUUCACAGCAAAGUAUGGCCAGACAGCUUGUUUGGUCUGUUUCCACUUGUACUAAUUCCAUUGCAAGAACUGAACUGAAGUGUUUAGUGAAGGGUCUUCUGUGCAAGAGCUCUGUUUAUGAGAAAGAUCAUCUGGACCUCAGUAAAGAGGACCUUUAUGCAGUUUUUCAUACUUGUCUAGCUUCAUUAGUCAGCCUUUUGAAGGGAUCUUCUUCAGAUGCGGUCUGCCCCGAAAGAUGCGCAAAGAAUAUAACCGAGAAGCCGUUAAUUGAACAAAUUGCAACAGAGGUGGAUAACAUCAACUGGCUGCUUGAAAUUUUACUUGAUUGGCAAAUGGCUGAAGAAUUUGUCAAUGUAUGGGCAGAUCAGAAAGAACUGAUUAGGAUGCACGAGAAUGCUUCACCAAUGGUUAGGUAUGAGCUCAGUCGGGUUUCAGCUAACUUAUUCAUUGCGAUGGGGACAAGGAAAUUGAAUUGUCGUUCGGAAUCAAGGUCGGGACUACUUCAGGUGUGGUUUGGCCCAAUGCUACUAGACUUCGGUUGGCUACAGCGCUGUAAAAAAGGACUGGAUAUGAAAAUGCUGGAGGAAGCCAUGGGCCAGGCACUACUUACUCUGCCUAUGAAACAACAGCAUUUGCUAUUCAUGGAAUGGUGUCGGUUCUUCUCAAAGCGUGGUACCGAGUGCCCUAAUCUUAGCAAGUCGUUCCAAAUAUGGUGGCGCCGAUCAUUCCUUAGAGGUUCCGAAACCUACUCCAUUGAAUCUAGGUAACUACUCUCCCUGCACCACUUGGUGAGUGAUAUAUAACACAAGUGAAGCAGUUGUGUACACCUGAAAGUUAACAAAUAGGAUUGUUGUAACACGUUUUAGAGCAAGAGACAGCUUUUGUAAUUUGUGAGAGGUUGUAUUGAAUCUGAUUUCCCACUUGUAUGUUAGUCUGUGGAGAAUGGAGAUUAUGUUCUCAAGAGAAGGAAGGGCUAAUGAGACUGUUAAUGUAGAUUUUUCAUUAAUACAACACUGAAGCAACCAGAUUCCUUGCUGUAAUUACACACAAUACAGUUGGAUCUAUCACAGCUGAGCAGAAGAAAGGUCUAAAAGAGGGGAAUUCUAAA